AUGUUUGACGAACUACCCUUGGGUCAAACUCUGAAUGUCGCUGAGGUACUGGUGGAUUCCGGUGUUCCUUCCGUGAACAUGACUGGCUGCACGACGAAUCUUGAUGAUGAUGUCAUGCAGCCUGAAGCACAAGCAGACGGUACAGAUACUCUAAGCACCAUUCAAGACCGGUAUCCCCAGUGGAAAGCGGUCCUCAUUCACUUGCGGCUUGAGAUGAGAUCUGAUGUUGCUCUCGAAAUACCCAUUAAUCUGUUCUUACUCACACAAGCCAAUUACUCCAAGGAAAGGAAAGAGUUUGUCAGCAAGCUCUUCCAACGGAGCCUCACUGCGGUUGGGAUAGAUUAUGCAUCUCUGGAUCACAUUAUAUCAUCCGAUGGGCAUACCCAUAUCACAAAAGAUGCUAUAUUGGGGAUGGUCGGUAAAUGGUUGUCUGCGCUUCUGUCCCUCAUGAAACGGGCAGCUACCAUCGCAAUCGCAGACAGCAGACUGAUGAACAAUUUUAUCCUUCAAAACCCGUGCCCCUUCACUCUGCAGAGUGACAUGUGUUCCAUGUGUGUACAACUGAUGAACAUGUUUAUGUCUCCCUACUCGACCCAUUUCCCGAUUGCUACUAAUGAUUUUGUGCGGUUCCUUCGCAUGGGCAUUGAAAAAUCACUCAUUCACUAUCUGGUAUACAGGCCCACUAAAUCAGCCAAUGUGAGCAGAAUUAUGGCUAAUAUCAACCGCCCUAUCUUCAGGCACGCCUCACAUCUACCCCCGGCGACAUUAGCAUUUGUAGGGGCCUGCUGUUACAGCACUCUCCUCUCCUAUCUAAUAGAUAUGGUCAAGACAGGGGGAGUCAGCACUAACCUAUCACAAUUUCCUUCUGUUAGCGAGGUAUAUGACAAACUUCUCAGGACGGCAAUGGACCUGUUCACACAGCAAGGUGACCCAGAACUCCCGAUUCUCCACAUUUACCUUGCAGGGUUUUGCAACUUGAAGAAAACUGAUGUCAUCAAGAUUGCCCGCCGUAAAUAA